AUGAGUCCACUAAAACAUAUGGUCAGCAUCCAAUGUCGAAAACUUACAGGGCUAUUUAUUUUGGGGAUUUAUUUACCGCUACAGGGUGACCUAAUGACUUACAGCAUUUCAUAUACUCCUGGGCAUCCCCUUAAACACAAACUUAAGCUUAGUCCUAAUGAAAAAAAUUGGGGUUCACACCCAGAAACUGGGGACAAGACACAGCAGAACGAGCUUUAAGCAGGUUUUCUACUCCUUAAGUGUAGUCAAAUUCUAUAAUUCGCUGCAGACUGAGCUAGUCCAAGCAACUUCCCAGUAGUCCUCCAAGAUAAACCUUGACAUAUUCUUAAGGACUACCUAAUUUCUCACCUGCAGGCAUCAGUGAUCCACCUCUACUAGAUACGGAAGCCCGUUAGACGAAAGCUUCUUCGAUUCCGUCCAGAACCAAUUGAACCAUUCGGACGAUUGACAGUGUGUAAAAAAUCAAUUCCUGCGCUAUUUUAGUAGCUAAUGUCACAUUGGAGGGUUUUAGUACGUAUUCUAUUUUCCUAAGUCAUAAACCUUAGCAAUGGAGGGCGUUUGCUAGAGAAUGGCUCAUUUAUGACUCUUUCAUGCAGUGCCCUAUGCUCUCGGCCGAAAGAAUUGCGAAGUAUUUGACGGGAAAGAAUAUCCGAUACUAUGACCCUAGUGCCGACUUUGGGAGUCAUGUUGUUGUGAUCAAUUCUAGACACAUUGCUGCAAAAGAUAAUAGUCGGUAUUGGAAACGGUUCUUAUACACUACACAUACAAGGUUCCCUGUGAAUCGUGUUGAAGAAACAAUGGAGGAAGUUCACAGGCGUGAUCCUACUGAGGUUAUUCGUUUAGAAAUUAAAGCCGUCUUACGAAAUAAUGAAUCCCGUAAAUAUCAAUUAUCUCGUCUUCAUAUAUACCCUGAUAAUAUUGAAACUAUUCCCAAGGACAUUAUUGCAAAUAUUUCAAGAGUAAUACCACAAGUUAUGAAAGUACCAAAACGUCUUGAUGAAUACUCUGCUGAAGAACUUAAUGAAUUUCCUAAACUUUUUGAUUGGCCCGAAGAUUUUCAUGUUGCCCCGCUUAGUUCAAUUGCAAAGAAGCUGAUAACCAGAGGAUCAAAAUAACAUGCUGAUAUUGUAUUACUGCAUAUCUGUAUAUUAUGUAUUAUAGUAAUCUAACUGUUUCCUUUUUUAUGGUUUUGUUGUCGUUUUAGAGCAUAAAGCUAACAUUGAUAAUGAGUGUGAAGUUCAAAGAAUUACAAAUGGAAAAGAUUAGAUUUAUACCGUAAAGCAU